AUUUUAUGAAAGACCUCUUCCGUAACAAAAGCAGGAAGCCCAAGCGAGCUGAUACUCGCCAAAAGAAGGAAAAGAAGAGAGGGUUUAGCAUAGGAAAGAUCCACUUCGGUAAGAAGCCAAAGGAGCAGGAGCCUAAGCCAAUGAAUUUUGAUUUUUCUAAUCAAAAUAAAUAAGAUUGAUUUCUCAAAAGGAAAUCCGAUCAGAUAUGGCAAAAAGCAUGAUUUUGACCUUAGGAAUAUGGCUCAUGUUGGAGUUAACAUCUACGAGCAUACAAGUAAAAGAUACCAAGAUUUACUAAAACAGUGGAGUGCUUUUGAGAACGCCAUUCGUCAAUGAAGGGAUGAUGAAAAUGUACAAGGGUACAUACGUUCCUUUGAUAGUAUGGAAAUCCCAUUGAAUAAGAUUGUUGAUUACCUUUGUGAAGAAGAUCUUGAAAACCGUAAGAACCAUACCAUCGGAGAGUGAUUGGAAUAUUUCAUGUCACAGAAUAUUUUUGAUAUCUUAGGAUCAUACACCAAAUCAGAUCGACCUCGGGGAUUCUUUAGAAUUGGCUGUCGUGCAAUUACUGAGCUAAUUGUGUGAAUAAAUUCAACAUCUAUUCUUUCUCAGAAAAAUAUCCAUCAUACUUUAUGAAUGAUGUUGAAUUCAAUUCUGCUUUCCAUAAUUAACAAAACAGAGCUUGAUGCUUAUAAAGAGGAAAUAGUAGAUCUAGUAUUCUCUAUUUGCCAAAGAGCAUACAACGAGCCCUAUAUUGUAAAUUUGUUCUUCUCAAAUGUCAAGAAAUUAUCAACUAAAAAGUCAGAAAGAGGAGAGUACCUUCCUCUUGAGAUUCUUUUGAGCAUAAUGAAAGAGAUGAAGAGCAAUGAGUCCAAUAUCUCUUAUGUCCAGCGGUGCUUCCACACGUUCAAGAUUGUCAUGCGGACUAACAGCAAACCUCUGGAUGAAUACAUCAUGAAUGAAAGCUGCUUAAUCGAAGUUGUUAUAAACAAGCUUGUCACUCUUUAUAAAAGUAUGCCUGAAACAGUUACUAAGAAGAACAAGAUCCAUUUCAAGCAAGCAGCUAUUAAGAAAGCCAAGAAGCAAGUCGAUCGCAAAAAAUUGAAAAAGCUUAAAAUUCCUGGGGAAAAGAUUAAGAUAAAGAAGAUCAAGUACAAAAAUAAGAAUCAAGAGAAUUUAGGAAUUCGAAAUUUGAUCCAAAUAGUGUAUGGCGAGUCAUUCGGACCUCUUAAUGGAGACCAAGAUAUCAGCAGUAUUCAGAUCUGCAAUUUCGAUGCCUUCAUGAGCUUCUUCUGAUUUUUCAAUGACCUCAUUGACUGUACAAUUAAUAAAGUGAUGGUGGAUAAUCUCAUUAUCCAGUUUUUCAAUAAUUUAUUGCUUGAGGUUGUCCAACCUCUGCUACUAACUAGUGAAGAUUUUAUUGUAAAGAGGACUUGAAUCCAGUAUCUAGUCCAUAUGGUUCAUCUUUCCAAUUCAUCCAGAGUUACCAGAAUAAUCUUCUUUUUCCUCUUCGGAUUUCCUGAAGGCACAGAGAAUCUUGAGGAAGAGAAAUCAGCUGUGGAAGAGCAUCAUUCUAAGGAUGAGAAGGAAGAGAAUAAAGUUGAAGAAGAUGAAUAUAAAAUUGAAGAGAUAGAUGACAUGCUUGACUUCAUGCAAAAUGAUCAGCUCUUUGUACACAAUGGCAAUUUUGAAGAUCAAGAUUUGUUUAAAUUAGAUGAAGACUUUAUCAUUCCCAAAGAUGAUCCUUUGCUUGCAGAUGACCCUCUCCUUUUUGAGGACCCUUUGCCUCCUGAUGAUCCUCUAUUUGGAAGUAAUAUUGAUGAGGAAAUGCCAAUGGUAAGGAUUGGAAAUCAAAUGAUGGCAGGUCCUCAGCAGACUAAUAACCCAGAACCAGAGGCAAGACGAAGAGAUCGUGGAAGGGAUGCUAAUAAGAACUCUGGAAAAAGAGGAGCAAGAAGCGUCUCUGUCCUUGCUAUCAAAGAUCCCAAAGCAGAACUUGACGUACUAGCCUCCAUUCUUGAUGGAGUUGAGAAGGUCGAGAAAGAAGUAAAAGACAACUUUGAGAAAGAAGAAGAGGCAGACUUCCAAGUCAAAAUUAAGACAUCUAAACACCUUGUAGGUGAACUUUCAAAAUCUAUCGUUAUGGGUAUAAUUUCUGAUGAAAAAUACAUGUCUACUGUUAGUCUGAAAUUGAUUGAAAUCUUUCUCAAAACUAGAGAUAAAGAGGUAUUAGAAGCUCUCGUCUACAGAUGAAUCAGAUACCUUUCAGAAGACGAGCCUGAUGAUAUUAAUAUUUGAGAAUAUUUCGAGAAGGAAGUUCUUCAAAAUCAAGAAGAAGUGAAAAUUGAUCCUAAUAAAAAUUGAAACUCACAAAAUCUUUCAAAUCUUACAACAAGUGAUACUGAGAACUCUGAAACUAAAGAAGGAGAGAGAUCACUAAUUAAGAGAUUUAAUAGCAAAUUAUCCUUAAUCCAGAUGACUCUUAACCCAAAGAGCGACUUCUUCAUGUUUGAUGACGAAUUUCUAGAAUCCGGGUUACUUUUUGCAGUCCUGCUCAAAAAGUUAUCAAGCAUGCUGAAUAACCCAAGAAUUGAUAAUUUAAUCCUGACAGAAAUAUGGCUUCAGAUAGGUUCGCUACCUGUAGAUAGAGAAAGACCAGAGACAUUUUACCUCUAUGCGUUUUGUUUUCAGGAUAUCUCGAAACUUGCAAAUUCUAUGUCUAAAAUAGGUCUAUUUGCUUCAGUAGAAAGCAUUCAUGAGCAAAUCUCAAAGUGCAACUUAGGGGAGGACCUUGACCCUCUGCUUUUCUAUCGUAAGAAGGAACUAAAGGUCAUUCCAGAAGACUCUAUUCCUCCUCUAAGCUCACGUACUGAGGAAGAAUACCUUAACAUAAUUUCUGGGAAGACAAAUAGAAUCGAUGCGAUCAUGGUUUUCCAAGAAUUCUUGAAGGAAUAUACUUCCUUAUCACAUUUCCAGAGAUGGUUUAUCAAGAUGAUUAACAAAUACGAUCAGGUCCAUCAGGAAGAUAUUGAGUUUGACACUCUCAUCCAGCAUCUGUAAACAAGUAAUUAUUUUCAACCAGAAA